CAAAAAAGCACAGCAGAAAAGCGUCUUUAAUUCUCCGCGUUUGGUGAAGAUGCACCUGAAGAGUCAAGGCCAUUAAGAAGCCCCAUCCGCCGCAGGAAAACCAAUGGCACAGUCAGUGAGCAAUGGCCACCUAUCCUGAGAGCUGCCUGGACGCUACCAUGCUGAACUUCGUCGCAGAUCUCUCUUUGGCCUCUCCGAGACAUCCACUCCUCUGCGACUUCCCACCUGGGGUCCCUUUUGGGGACGGAACACUGGGGUUCAGAGAGAGAAGACCCAGGAGGCUGUUGCAAUUUGCGGAAACAGAUCAGGAGGAAGAAGGAGGCGAAGUGGUCUUUGUGGACCGGGAGGAGGAGGAAGAGGAGGGAGAGGAACGCGAGAGAGUGGCAUCCUUGCUGGGCCGCCCCAAAAGGAAAAGGGUCAUCACCUACGCUCAGCGCCAGGCGGCCAACAUUCGCGAGAGGAAGAGGAUGUUCAACCUAAACGAGGCUUUCGAUCAGCUGCGCAGGAAAGUGCCCACCUUCGCUUACGAGAAGAGACUGUCUAGGAUUGAGACCCUCCGCUUGGCCAUUGUCUACAUUUCCUUCAUGACGGAGCUCCUGCAGAGCAGCGAGAAAAAGGAGGUCCGCUAAGCAUGGACGGG